GACAUCCUCCAGGAAAAGCAAUCGAGCGCGUCUCCCUCGAGCAGCCUGUCCUAAGAGCAGACGAGGGGCAGGAAGAUGGCAUCCUCCGACCAGCCUGGUCCUCCAACACAGCCUGGCCUUCCACCUGGAGGUGAUGCGGCAGCUCCCCCCAGAGAAGCACUGAUCGCCACUGCUGUAAAAUUUCUUCAGAACCCAAAAGUAUGUCAGAGUCCCUUGGCCACUAGAAAAGCCUUCUUGAAGAAAAAAGGGCUGACGGAUGAGGAGGUAGAGUUGGCCAUCCAGCGCUCUGGCAGCACAGAAGAAGUCCUGCCUCAGAGCCCAGUGGGGCCCCCACAUCCACUCCAAGCACAUCAGCUGGCUCUUGCACCACAUAGUCCAGCAGGUUACAGAUGGAAAGACUAUGGUGCCCUCACCAUCAUCAUGGUGGGCAUCGCCUUUGGCUUUCAUCAGCUCUACAAAAAAUACAUCCUUCCCCUCAUUAUGGGCAGCCGAGAGGACAAGAAGCAUCUGCAGAGGAUGGAGAGCAACAUUGCAGCAAUGAGUGGCACGCUGACACAGACAGUCAGCCAGCUGCAACAGACCCUGGUCUCUGUCCAGGAGCUCCUGAUCCAGCAGCAGCAGAGAAUCCAGGAGCUCUCACAUGAACUGGAGGCAUCGUCUUCAACCAACCGCGUCCUGGACAACCAAACAGUUGGAGAGCUGAAGGCUGAGAUCAGCUCUUUGAAGGGCUUACUGCUGAGCAGGCGACAAUUCCCAUCAACUCCCACUAUUCCUAAAAUCCCUGCAUGGCAGAUUCCCCUGAAGCCACCCUCGGCGCCCAGCUCGUUGCCAGUCAACCACACCAACAGCAGCAGCAGCGACAUCUCCCCGCUCAGCAACGAGUCUGCUAGCUCCUCACCCAUCAAAGAUGGACACCACAGCCCCCAGGAUGCACUGGGAGGGCCUGAUGGAGUGAAUGGUAUCAACAGAGAGGACAGCACUGUGGGCGUGGGCACAACCCUGGUCCUGGACCUGAAGGAUCGCAUGGAGGUACAGGGGGAGGAGGAGGAAAAGAAGGAGGAGGAAGAAGAAGAAGAGGAGGAGGAGGAGGAUGAUCUUAGCCACGUAGAGGAAGAAGAGGACGGUGUAAGCAUACAGACAGUGAAUCGUCGAGGUGGGGAUGGACAGAUUAAUGAACAGGUGGACAAACUGAGGAAGCCCGAGGGUGCCAGCAAUGAGAGUGAGGUGGAUUAGAUGGCAGUAGAAAGCACAAAGACACUCUCCAAACACCGCUUCUCAUCACAGCUUUGUUUCAUUCUGCUCCUCUCUGCUCAUGUUUUUUUUUUUUUUAAUAUAAAAUCUAUCUUCACUGUCUGUUUCCAUUUCUGGUUUUCCAACAUCUUAAUCUUGAGCAAAGUGAGGAGUAGGCGUGAGAAGACUCAAAACUUACAAAUAUUGGAGUGUCUAGUUGACACACAGCUUACCUCGAUUUACUUUUCAUCAUGCAGACUAAAUGACUGCAUGGUGAGCCAAAAACCACGGUGUACCGUUUCUUUGAAAGGAGAACUGACGAGCAACAGUCAAAUGAGAAUGACUUUAAAAGGCCGUAUGCCGAACUAACCGUGUGUGACUGACUGCUUUUAAUUUUACGAUUUGAUCAGAUAAUUCAAAGCUUUGCCUUGGUGUCCUUGUAAUAUGACUACUGUUCUUAUUUAGACCUAAGAGGCAGUGCUGCACAGAAUAUCUCUCCUGUAUAGUGCAGCUGCAGGUCAGGAGUCAUAUGUUGACACUUCAGUCUCAAAGUUACCGUGAGCUCCCAGAGAACCAUUAGCAGAGUUUGUCUCCCUGUUGAUGGCAAUCGGAGAGGACAAGCUCUUCCAGGGCUGGAGCUUUUAGCCUCUUUUAUGUGUCCUUUCGCAUUGGUGUCAGUCUGUCAAUAAUUUACAAGGCCAGCAGGGUGGCAUUUGGGUGAAAUAAAAGCCCUGAAAUUUGAGAUUAGAAUGUGAUGACGGGCUUUGUUCCAUACCGGUGUCAGAGUGCUCAUAUGCUCAAAGGAGGAAGAUAAAUGUCUCUCCCCCCGCUUUCCUUUUUCACUGUGGGACUGAAUUGUGCAUCGUUUGCGAGCGUGUUUGCGCGUGGCAGACGAGAAAAUCCAGACUGUCUGCUGAGUUGUUUCUGCAUCUCCAGCAGGGUGGCUGAUUUGGUUUGUGAAGUAUGUUAAUAAUCAAAUGAUCAACAAAUAACAGAUGUAUUAGUUCAUGCAGCUUGAAAUGUCAAGGAGGCUAAAAGCGGAAAUCUAAUACAGAAAGCCCAGUUGCAUUGUAUUAUUUUCCGUGACAAGCCCUGCGGUCCAAAUUAUGUAGGGCCUCCUACAGUGAGUAAUCUUUACAGAAAACGGCGCCAAUAUUUCAUAAUUAAGCUGCAGUAAAACAACAAGGGCUGCCACAGAUGGAAGUUGCACAACUUGUAUCACUUUUCUCAGUGUGGAGGUGGAUGGGGGAAAGUUAGAAAAAAAACAUUGUCCCAUGAUUGAAACAGAAAGUAAUAAAUGAAUACUUGACUUAUUUAAUUACUCACUCUGUACUCACUGUCUCCAGCUAACAAGGAGAGCCGAUGAGUGAGAAGAAGGGAUAUCAGCUCUGGUGCCAUUUCCACCUCCAUCACAUGGCCUUCAUAGGAAGACAGAAAGGUAGAGGGGCACUGCUCAUUCCUGUGUGACACCCAUUUUAACCUACAGAUUAAGUUGGGUGAGGUUGAUUACGUUUCUGUCAACAACACUGCAGUGUGCUGUAAACUAUAUAUUUUGUAAUUUUGUAAAGAUUAAGUUGUAUGGAUGAAUAAGGUUGGUUAACGAAGUACAUAAUCAGGAGGUGUAACGCAUGCUUCCACUGUAGAACCAGUGAUUGGUCCUCUCUGUAAUCUGCUGAUUACUGUCUGAAUGUCAGCCAAAAUUGUACAAAAGUGUAAUAAAUCUGCUUUAGCUCAUG